GCCAACGAUUCCCACGGGACGAUUAAAAAUGAUAAACAUUUCGCUACCGGAAUUUAUGAUAGUGUGCAGCAGUGUUCUUCUGGUCUUUCUGCUACUGACUGAAAUCCUGGAUUGGGCACAAUUAUUCCCAUGGGUGGGGAGCGAGAGCCAUUUCCCUGGCUUCACUUUCGGUUACUCGGAGCGUAAUGGUCCUCAUAUGUGGAAAGUGUUGUAUCCGGCCAGUAAUGGCAGCAAUCAGUCGCCAAUCAACAUCACGACACGGCUCGCUGUCGUCGUGCAACCGUCAGAACCUCUUCGAUGGACCGGCUACAAUAAAGGACCAUUAUCGAUGACUAUAGCGAAUAAUGGAAAUAACGUGGUAGUGAACACAAUAUGGAACAGCUUCUCUCGGCCGCAUAUUCAAGGAGGAUCCCUGACUAAAAUUUACGAUUUUUGUUCGAUGGUGUUUCACUGGGGACAUUCGAACGAAGAUGGCAGCGAGCACACUUUGGAUUAUGUUCGGUAUCCUAUGGAGCUACAAGUGUGCCACAUCAGUCGAGACUUUAAUUCACCGUUAGACGCUAUUGCCGACAAAUCGAACGACGCCAUGCUGAUCGUUUCGUUCUUUUUUCAGAUCACGAAUGCAGAUAAUCCGUAUUUGGACCAAAUCGUGACAAACUUAUGGCGGAUUGCUCAGCCAGGGACGAAGUUUCACAUUCCACCCUUCCCUUUGGAGUGGAUUCUCUCACCUUUCGAAAAGAGUUAUUAUACGUAUAGUGGCUCUCUUACUCAACCUCCCUGCAGUGAAAUCGUCACUUGGAUCGUUCAACCUGAGCCAAUCGCUAUAUCCUCGUUUCAAGUUGCGCAAUUUCGAAAACUCUGCUCCGCGGACGGUCCUAUCCUCUUAAACUGCAGGCCCGUUCAACGAAUAAACGAACGUAACGUGUACUUCUACGAAUAACACUCGUCGUCAAGUAAUGUGCCUUUAUGCCGUGAACACGU